AUGGCGUUAUCGUUAAUCCAAUGUCCCAAAACCUCUAUACCCCCUCCCAAUAAUUGUUUUCGGAAAGUUGGUUUGUCUCCAAUUCACCGUACAUCUCUUAGCUUUUCGGGAUUACAUCGACUGAGCAGUAGUAGGGUGGUGGUUCGUGCCGCAUUCUCUGCGGCAGGAAGUUCUGGUUCCAACGACGACGUAAAUCCAUAUAAGGUUCUUGGUGUAAACCCCAUUGAUGGAUUUGAUACGGUAAAGUCAGCUUACUCAAAGAAGCGUAAGGAUGCUGAGAGGAGAGGCGAUGAUGCUGCUCUGUCCCAAGUAGAAAAGGCAUAUGACAAAAUAAUGAUGUCUCAGUUGACAAAGCGGAAAAAGGGUGAGACAUUUGGUUCGUUUCAGGUUUCCAAAGAUAUUAAGUUUGCUGAUAAACAGCCAAUUUUUCCAUGGGGUCCGAGGUUUUCCAAGUCUGAAGUCAAAGAUAUUCGAAUCAACAUGGCAAUAUCAGCUGUUUUUACAGCUUGGAUUUUCUUCAAACGCAGUGCCGAAUACAAACCUUUGCAAUUUUUAGCUUUUGUCUAUGUUUAUCGGGUAUUUGAGAAGUUAAGUGCUUCUGAAUCACUUGCAUCUUCCACAUUUACGGAAGAUGGUGAGGAUGAGGGUAGAAUGUUGCGGAUGGGCAAAAGACUACUACGAUCUCUUGCCCUGGUUUUUGGAUGUGUAGCUUUUGCAUCAUUGGGAUACACUGGUCUUCUAAAUGUGAUAGAAUCUUUUGGCGGUUUCAUACCUGUUUUCUUGUACAAUAAUCAGGCAUUGCUUGUAACUGCUUCAGCAGCGCUCAUGUUUCAUAUUAUGGCUUCAUACUACAGAUGA